GGUCGGGACCAGCCGUGACCUGUCAUCGUGUCCCCUUCAAUGGACCAUCGCCGUGGGUGUGCAGCUGUUCCUGAAGCCGAUCUCCAAAAGGCUUUUUCAGUACUCCUGAAGUGUCAGGAGCAAGGGGCUGAUUGUUCCAAGCACAGAGAUGCCGGCUGUGAGCUGGAGCAGAGUGAAUUCUGCUCCAUUCAUGGGCCUGUGAAGGAGCUCCUGCAUCUCCAGGAGUGACCAGCAGCCGGGCUGGCACACUUGCCAGGGGCACAAGAAGCCACUUGUGAGCGUGCAGUGAGUGAAGAUGUGGAGAAUGGAAUCUGCAGCAGUGAAGGUAGUAUGAGGGAGCCCCUGGGUCCCCAGGGCACAUCAGCAAGCGGCCAUGGACACAGAAGCAUCCUCAGAAGAUUGCCGGGCAAGGGGUUCAGCUGCCAUCCCGUGCUCACCUUGGUGCUGAUCCUGCUCCUGUCGCUGCUGCUGGCGUUGGCGGUGGCCUUGGCUGUGCAGUCAGCACCACAGGUUCCAGUUCCACCUGCGACUCCGCCGGUGGUUCUGGGCUGUCCCCACGGCUGGGUUGGAUACAAUGGAUUCUGCUACUACUUCUCAAGGGAUCCGGGCACCUGGGAGCAGGGUCAGGAGCGGUGCUCGGAGCUCGGGGCCUCCCUGGCCAUUCUGAAGGAUGAGGAAAUGGAUUUGUUCUUCCGCCUCCGCGGGAACGUCGAUUACUGGCUCGGGCUGCGCAGAUGGGGCGAGCACCUGCAGUGGGGGGACGGCAGCAGCUUCAGCUCCUCGGUUCCUGUCCUUGGCAAUGCCGAGUGUGUGUGCCUGGCUGACGAUAAAUUCAGGAGUGAGAGCUGCUCGAAUCCACAGCCGUAUCUGUGCAGCAAGGCCCGAGCUCCCCUGUAACAGGGGCUGGAGAAAGGAGCUUCUCCACACUGGGCAGUCCCAGCUUCACCUGUGAGCCCGGCACAGGGCUGUCCUUUCUCAGCUGCACCCUGUGCCUUGCACUUGCUCUCAGGGUCACCUCAGUGCCUGUUCGUCCCCAGUGCCAGCGCUGGGCUGGCUGUUCAAAGGAAAAGUCUCUGCAAUCCAUCCUGCCAUCCAUGCUAGCUGGAGUGAGGGGAUUGCCCUCAUUGCACAACAAGCUGGAAUGGGAAAUCCGAAUCACCCUGGGCUCUUGGAAAUCAUCACCGAGUGGC